GCGAGAGCGUCAUUAGUCAUCCUACACACAAGCUGGCUGGUUUGUACGUGUACCGUUCUUAACGGCCACCUCUACUGCUUCAUGGCAUCGCUUGGGGGGCGUCCAUGGGGCAAGGGCGUGAAGGGUCCGGUGGUGGUGGCUGUGGUGGUGUUGGCGGUUGCUGUAUGGAAGGGUGUAACUUCAUUCCCCGAUAUUCCGCGUGAAGAAGUGGUUCUUGGAGAGCGGCUUGGGAGCGGUGCGUCAGGGGAGGUGUUCGCUGGAGUUUACAGAGGGAGGGACGUUGCAGUAAAGGUUUUCAAGGCAGAUAUCGGUCCUGACGGCAAUGCUCGUGACGAGCUGGACGUGGCCCUGACUGUCGACCACCCUAACCUCACAAAGUCGCUGGGGGUAGUCCACGCCUCCAGCAUCAAGCCGUCGGGUGGCAGCAUCAGCAGAUCAGAAUCGGAGGUUGCCGCCGCCGCCGGUGGAGUUCCCGAAGGUGCAGGUGGCGGCGGGGGCGUGGGCGGGGGUGACGAGAUUGAGAAUCUGCGGUGGCUGGUCAUGGAGAGGGUGGUGGGGAGGCCGCUGGCGGAGAAGCCGGACUUCAGCAGCGUGCUUCGGUGUCGGUGGGGAUCCGGCAGAAGGUUCGAGCCCGUCUUGGUGCUGGCGGUGCUUCUGCAGGUGGCGAGGGCCAUGUCCUACCUCCACGAGAAGGCCAUCUGCCACGGCGAUCUCUACGCCCACAAUGUCCUAGUGGACGGAGAGACCGGCGCGGCCGUCCUUUGCGACUUCGGCGCCAGCUUCUUCUACCCCACCGACAGGCAGCACGACUGCUCCAUGCUGGAAGGGACCGAGGUCCGCGCCUUCGGGCUUAUGUCGAGGGACAUGGCGUGCCGUAGCGCAGGGUGCGAGUGGAUUCUUCAGGACUUGGUCCCGUCCUGCCUUCAGUCGGACGCCAGCCACCGCCCGUCUUUCCACGAGAUCAUCAACCAGCUGCACGCGGAGCUGAUGCAGAGCGUGGAGCCGUCGUCGCCGAUGGUAACCAGUGCCAAGUCGCUCCACAGCCUGCUCGACAGGCCCGACAUCGCCGCGGAGCGCGUGCGCGUGCUCAGCCAGGAACGACGCCAGGACCCUUCCUCGUCUUCCUUCUCUAGGGGGGGGGACGCAAAAUCAUUGUCAAGGGGGGGCGGCGACGCGAGAAACGGCAGUAGCUACAGCAGCAGCAGCGGCGGCGGCGGCGGCGGCGUCAGCACCAACACUAGCACUGUCGACUCGAUCGGCGGAGGGGGCACCGCAGAGGGCGGCGGCGUUGCCGGGUACCCCAGGGGGGGGGCGGGCGGGAGGGGGGGGGGCGGGGGGGCCCGCGGGAGGCCGCUUGUCAGUCUGGGAGAGGUGAUGGAGGGCACUGCUGAUGACGAGGGGGAAGACAACGACAACGAGGAGGGAGAAGGGGAGGGAGAGAAGGAAACAUCACUGCCGCCGGGGGAGAAGGAAGCGUCUGUUGCAGUGGGGGCAGUGGGACAAGGGGCUCCGGCGACCGGCAAGGUGCAACUCGUGUCCGCCAAGUGACCGAAACUAGCUGCCACCGCCGACAGCCGAGCAAGUUGCAUUGAUGGCGAUGGAUGGUGGCUUUGUUGAGACCAUCUCCCGCCCCACUCCUUUGUAUUUUUGUUUUGGCUGCCUUUCGCGGCGGGCGGUAAGCGUCGGCGACUCUUUUUAUGUUUAGCACAGCGGUUCGGCUGCGGCAACACGGCAGCGUGUUCGCAUCGGGUCCAUCUGCGAGGGCAGUCCGCGGGUGCACACCCUCCAUCGGUGAUCAGCGUCCAAUUGUGGCGGUGACGGGGAUUGCUUAUUCGUAAGAGGCGGAGGGGAUGGGGAAGGGCAGCAUCUUCCCGAGAAGACGGGCGGGAUAUGCGGCAUCGGGCUCGUGGGAGGCAAUUGGUGCAGUGACCUCUCACCCUGCAGUGCCUUCCCACCCUGUAGUGCCCUCUCACCCUCUCCUUAUGCGUCGAAGGGCCCUGUAUCUCGUGAGGUGUGAUCAACGCGGUGGUUGAUGCAUGAUUGUUGAGCUCUUCGAGUGUUGUAAUAUGAGCCAAGCAGUUGCCUGACGAGUACUAGUUGCUGCAUGUUGGAAGAGGUCUCGAGUUGGAAUUUGAAGAAAUCUGGCAGGAGUGGACGCGGGCCCGGUUUUGCUGCAAAGUCGUUCGGUGGCACACCGCGACAUGAUAAGAAUCUUUUCGACCAGAGGUUCGUGUGUUUGCGGGGUCAUUUUUCCGCUGGGCCGCAUAGAUGCACCCCGCGCGUACUGGGCAAGGGAAAGCAUGCCCUGUGUGACAGCCCUUGUGUGACUGACGGCUCCUCUCUUGGGCAAUGACGGUUGAGCCGGGGAGGGUACUUUUUUUUUUUUUCCGGAGGCAGCGUCUACUGUCUAUUCGUGUCCGGCAUUGCUUUUUAGUGAAUGGCUUCUUUAGUAAGGUAUAUCCAGAAAAAAAAAACGAAUCAACGUCAUAAUCGUUUACCGCUUCACGCACGCAUGUUGCCGCCGCCGCCGCCGCCGCCGCCUGUUCUUACGGCUCAAGUUCUAACGAAGACGACGAAGAGGUAUGGGCGCUCCCCCCCCAACCAACCGCGAUCAAAACUUCGAUCCACACAAGCCCCGGUAGUGUUCAGUACGGUAGUAAUCGUAAUAACUUUGGGAUCAAUUGCUUCAGGCGAGGGUGCGAUUAAGACGGAUUAUGUUUUGGAGGGGCGGGAGGGCAGGUCAUACCUCAUGGCAGAGAGCGAUGGGGAUCAGAACUGUUGGGGGCGGGAGGAGACAGGAACUGUCGGCGCCUUUGCAGCGUAACUGCAGUAUGUUGGAAUCUAUCGCGUGCGUAUCGCGAGAAGAUCCACGUGCUCAACAAGAUGGGUAAAUGGAGAGUCCAACCUACACGUAGAAGAUGGAUGUGCCCAACAUGAUGGGUAGAGGAGAACCGGCCUGUGCAUGUAGAGCCGCAUUACUCUUGUUGGGAUCAGAACGUGAGACAGACACGGCAGAGCGAGUGGACGCGGAAGAAGAUUCCGCGUGGUCGUGACGGGGGGGGCUGUUGAUUGUGCUGAGUUGGUUUGGAGCCCUUUUUUCGUUCCCGUGUUGUGUAAUUUGGUUGUGUAUCCAUCCAGAAAGAAGAGCGUGUUCGUCGAUAGCACGCCGUACAACAAUCGUGCGUCUCGCCCUCUGCCGAUGGGCAGGAAGGGAACGACGAAGCGGUGCAUCAGCCGCAAGUAUGUGCACGUAUUUCUUCAACGCUUGGUUGUCAGAAGUUGUGCGCACCCACUCGGCGGGGAAAAAUGAAGAGGUCGCAAAUGUGUUGUGUGAUAAUUUGUCGUCCUUGUUCUCGCUACUUUAUUUUUCUAGUUUUCAUGCUGUGUUUUUUGGGUUCCUGUCUGCUCAUCGGGCAUCUUCGUGGUGUCUGUCUAUCUUGAUUGUUACCCGCUGAAAAAUCGAAAGCUUCAGACAGGCAACGCGACGAUACUCGUCGAGUUGCCAUACGUAAUAUUGUACGGAGUCUCGAGAAGGACACUCGUGCUAUGAAACAUUCAUGUAGACUGUGUUUCAGCUGCUGCUGUGUUGGUAGAAGGCAUUCAAUGAAGAAGCGCAGACAUGUGGUGAAUGCAAACAAUAAUUAUUUUUACAACGGUGAGAAAGUUGUUCUACGGAAGAUUUAUCCACGAAGGAGUGACUUCUUUUGUGUCCACUCGAAUGACGUUGGUUCUUUCUGCUCCUGGUAUGUGUCGUAUGCGGAGCUACCUUCAAGAACCAAGGGGAGUGACAGUUUAGAUAUGACAGAUGGAAUGAACACGGUGGCCAGGAGUGAAGAAACAGGGUCGAACAGUUGCUGGUGGUUCAGAGGACAGUGAUAUCGUGCAGAACGACCCUGGCGUGGUCGAGGGUGUAACACGGAGCAACAGUCAAAGCGACGAGACCUACAAGAUGAAAUCCCCGCCUGCGUUUCCGUCCCAAGAGCGUGACAGU